CGUUUAAUUCCUUCUCAUCUUCUUCUUCUCCACGUCCACGCCACGCUUUCAUCCGACGUCUUUCUCUCAUGGCUACCGUCUCCGCUUUCUCCUCUCCUCCCUGGCCAAACCCUAAUCCCAAUUCUAAUCCUAAUUCUGCCUCCGCCUCGGAUCGUGACGAAGCCGCCGACUCUCUCGAUUCCUUCUCCUCCAUGACUCUCCAGGACGAGGAGCUCACUCGGAAUUCCGACAGGCAACUGGAUCCCAACAGGGACCUCAACGUCCAGACGGCCCUCUCUCCGCCGCAGCAUCUCAUCCCGAAUUUACCGGCUACGCCGCCGCCUUCCCUGCUCUAUCUCUCCUUCAACCAGGAUCACGCUUGCUUCGCUUCCGGCAGCGAUCGUGGGUUCCGGAUCUAUAAUUGUGACCCGUUUCGCGAGAUCUUCCGGAGGGAUUUCGAUCGCGGCGGUGGAGUCGGUGUGGUGGAGAUGCUUUUCCGAUGCAAUAUUCUGGCCCUCGUCGGCGGUGGUCAGGAGCCGCAGUAUCCACCCAAUAAGGUCAUGAUAUGGGACGAUCAUCAGAGCCGCUGCAUCGGUGAGCUCUCCUUCAGGUCAGAUGUCAGAGCGGUCCGGCUCAGGAGGGAUCGGAUCAUCGUGGUUCUCGAGCAGAAGAUAUUUGUGUAUAACUUCGCUGACCUGAAGCUGAUGCAUCAAAUCGAGACCAUCAAGAACCCUAAAGGCCUGUGCGCCGUUUCUCAGGGAGCUGGUUCGAUGGUACUCGUAUGCCCUGGUUUGCAGAAGGGUCAAGUUCGGGUCGAACAUUACGCGUCGAAGCGGACCAAGUUCAUCAUGGCUCAUGAUUCUCGGAUUGCUUGUUUCGCGCUAACGCAAGACGGGCACUUGUUAGCCACGGCGAGCUCCAAAGGCACUUUGGUUCGGGUGUUUAACACCGCGGAUGGUACCUUGCUCCAAGAGGUUAGGAGGGGUGCAGAUAGAGCUGAGAUCUAUAGUCUGGCAUUCUCUGCAAAUGCCCAGUGGUUAGCAGUCUCGAGUGAUAAAGGAACAGUCCACGUUUUCAGUCUCAAAGUCAACUCCGGGUCUCAAGUGAACGACACAUCCCGAACUGCAGUGGAUGCUGCCACUCACUCCCCUUCUUCACCGUCCUCGUCUCUCUCGUUACUCAAAGGAGUGUUGCCAAAGUAUUUCAGCUCAGAGUGGUCAGUGGCUCAGUUCCGGCUGGUGGAAGGAUCUCAAUACAUUGUAGCAUUUGGUCAUCAGAAAAACACCGUUGUAAUUCUUGGCAUGGAUGGGAGCUUCUACAGAUGCCAGUUUGAUCCCGUUCAUGGAGGAGAGAUGACUCAGCUCGAGUACCACAACAUCCUGAAGCCACCUUCUGUUUUCUAAUGCCAUUUCAUUUCUGUUAUUGUUUUCUUUUUGUUCUCUCUUCUCUCCCUGUUAUUAUAUGCUGCUGCUAUGGUACAUGUAUGGUUCCCCAUCUUCUCGAGAUGGGCAUACCGUAAAUGUGGAUAUGUGUGUAUAUAUGGGCGUAUAUUUGUAAAUCUCGUCGCUAACCAUGAUGCAGUUUUCCAUUUCCAAUUUACUCUUGGAGCUCUUUUGCACUC